AUGGAGGACCCCUUGGUCACAACCCCAGGGGCCGCCGCCAACGGCAUCUCCGCGCCCAAGCAGCCCGCACCCACAUCCACCUCGAUAGAUCCGCAAGUCAUAGUCGACCAUCUCGUCAAAGUCCUGAGCGUCACCCUGGGCGCCUCCGAGGAGGAUCUUGCUGCGCCCGGGAGCCUGCUGUCCGAGUCGCUGCUGGCCGAUACGCUGCAGCGCUGCACACGCUUCGCUCUCGAGUCGCAGGUUGCGCUCUAUGUGCAGAGAAUCAUCAGCGACCAAGAGCCGAUUGACGCCGCGAACGGGUCGGAAGUCCCGACGCUGCGCUACGUCUACACGCUGACCUCCGAGCUGUCCGCCACGAGCUCCUACGAUGCCUGCAUCGCCAUCCUGAAGGGUCCGCAGCCCAUUAACCCGGCCGCGCCCAUCAGCCAGCAGAUCCAGGUCAUCAAUCUCCCCGGAAUUGCCUCGUCGGACACCACCACGAAUAGCCAGGGCCCCCUCAGCUCUCCAUUCGAGGCCCUACACUCUCUCGUUCACCUGGCGCUGGCGCCCUAUUUUGAUGCGUACACGAAGAGCCAGGCGGCGCUCCACCCGAGCUGGAGCAAAGGGGACGUCGAUGCCAGAACCGGCAUUCCUGGCGCUAAGAAGAGGAUUGCAGAGCUAGAGUUGAGUUUGCUUCAGUUGCAGCAGAACACCGAGAUACCCGAGCUUUUGUUGGCUCAACCUGAUGUAAUUCAAAAUGCGUUGGAGGAUGCCCAGGCCAAGGGGAUCAAGCCGACCAUUGACCUCAUCCCCGCGGCCUUGUUGGACGACAGCAAGUUCUUGAACAACCUGCAGAACAUUGUCAAUGGGUGGAUUAGGUCGAUACAGACGAUUACGAAGACGAAUCGCGAUCCUGCCAGCGGUACCGCGAAUCAAGAAAUUAAUUUCUGGCUGAACAUGGAGUCGGCUCUGGCUGGAAUCGAGCAGCAGCUUCGCAGCGAUGGCGUGUCCCUCACCAUGGAUGUGCUCCGCCAUGCGAAGCGAUUCCAGGCUACAGUCAGCUUCAGCACCGACACGGGCUUGAAAGAGACCAUGGAAACCGUGCAGAAGUACAACCUACUGAUGCGCGAUUUCCCUCUUGAUGAGCUUCUGUCUGCGACCUCGUUGGAGAAGGUGCAGGAUUCCAUCAACCUGAUCUUCGGCCACUUGAACAAGAAGCUCCGUGCCUCUCCGUACCCCAUCAAGCGCGCUCUUGCAUUGGUGGAAGCCAUCUCGGGUGAUUUGGAUGCUCGGAUACACUUCCUCCUUAAUGGUCGCGAGCUUAUGCACCAAGAGUUCCCUGAUUUUGAUGCGACCAUGAAGCUCGCCGAGGGCGUUUGGCGCGCAUGGGACGACAACGUCAAGGAGUUUACUAACGUGGCGCGUGAAGUGUCCCGGCGGAGGAACGAGAAGUUCAUCCCCAUCAAGAUCCAGCCUCGGCACAUCCGGACCCAGGAUAGGCUCAAGUACAUCACGACCUUCCGGAAGAACCACGAGCAACUCCAGCGCACCAUCGUCAAUGUGCUCGGUCCCAGCACCACAGUCAGAGAAAUCUCCGAUAACGCAAAGGACGACGCUGUCAUCGUGGAGGAGAUUGGCGAUGUUGACGCUGUCGAGGAGGUUGCCCAGGCCUAUGCAGCUCUGAAGGAUGUCGAUGUCUUGGACGUUACUCCCGAAGGAACCCGCAUAUGGGAGCAGGCUGAGAUGACGUACAACGAGCGUACAUCUCGUGUUGAGAACUCCAUUAUUGCCAGGCUGAGAGAUCGUCUGGCUACGGCGAAGAACGCCAACGAGAUGUUCCGCGUCUUUUCCAAGUUCAACGCCCUUUUCGUCAGACCGAAGAUUCGGGGCGCCAUUUCUGAGUACCAGACUCAGCUAAUUGAUAAUGUCAAGCAAGACAUCUCGGCAUUGCACGAGCGCUUCAAGCAACAGUACGGACACUCGGAAGCUCACGCGAUGGCCCAGCUCCGGGAUCUCCCGCCGGUCUCUGGCGCUGUCAUUUGGGCGCGCCAGAUUGAGCGUCAGCUGGAUGGCUACAUGGGCAAGGUUGAGAACAUUCUCGGCAAGGAUUGGAGUCUCCACAUGGAAGGCCAAAAGCUUCAGAGCGAGAGCAACAUGUUCAGGAAAAAGCUCGAUACGCGGCCAAUCUACGAAGCCUGGCUGAAGGAAGUGCAGAGGCGUAACCUGUCCAUUUCCGGCCGUCUCUUCAGCGUUUCUCGGAACCGUGCUGCCGGCAACUCUUUGGAAUUAGGCGUCAACUUUGACCACCAGGUCAUCGCCCUGUUCAAGGAAGUGCGCAACCUUCUCUGGCUCAACUAUCAGGUUCCUCACGCUAUCAACAACAUCUCGAAAGAGGCCAAGCGUGUAUACCCCUACGCUGUCAGCAUGAUGGAGAGUGUACGUACGUACUCGCAGACUACUCGUGCGAUUACCGAAAUGGUUGAGGUUUCCAUACUCCUGCACGGCUACCAGAACGAUGCUCAAAGCUUGAUCACAAAGGGUGUCCCUCUGAAGUGGGAGAGUUUUGUUCACGCUUAUGACUUGCACAUCAGGCAAGGCCCGCUCGCCGCGACAACGGAUCACUCCUUGGCUCCGGCUAGAGGUGAAAGCAAGCACGUCCAGUUCGUCCGGGAGUUCGCCGCAGCUGUUUCGCUCCUUCAAAACAAGACGGAAACCCUCAAGACCAUUCACGCCAACAUCCAAAAGGCUCUUGUCGACCUCGAAACCUGCCCUUACAAGUACGAUUCUUUCCGUUCCAGUUUGGAUUUGAUCCAGCGCGCUGUCGAUCAACUUAACCUCGAGAACUACGUCAACCUUCCUUACUACGUCUCCGAGUUGAACUCUAGGAUCGAGCGCACUCUUCUUGUUCGUCUGAGCACCGCCAUCCAGGAGUGGAUCCAAGCUUUCGAGAGGGCCGAGGGCUCUGACCUUGAUGGUCGGCCUACUACUUCUUCGUCUGAGAGCGCAGAGAAAAGUCGCCCCCGCCUGUCCCACCUCAUUCACGAAAUCACCAUGCGCAACCAGGUCAUCUACCUUGACCCUCCGCUGGAGUUUGCCCGCGCUAGCUGGCUUGACCAGUUGCAUGAGUGGCUCGGCGUUAUUUGCAGGCUCGAGAAGAUCAAGUCCUCACGAUACGAUAUGCGUCUUGAAGCCGUUCAGGAUCCCGCCAGCCUCCGCUUUGUGGACCUUCCCAGCCGCUGCACCGAGUCACUGACCCGUGUGUACGGUGCCAUCGAAGAAAAGAUCAGGGAAGUCAGCGUUUACGUCGAUGACUGGCUGCGUUUCCAAUCCCUUUGGGAUCUUAAGUCGGAUCAAGUGUACGAUAUCCUUGGAGACGAGCUCCGCAAAUGGCUGCAACUGCUGCAGGACAUCCGCAAGACACGCUCAACCUUCGAUACCUCGGAUGUCAGCCGCACCUUUGGCAAUGUCACAAUCGACUACGAGCAAGUCCAGAUGAAGGUCAACGCCAAGUACGACCAGUGGCAGCAUGAGAUUCUUGUCAAGUUUGCCGCUCGCCUUGGAGCACGUAUGGCAGAGGUCUACGCAGAGAUCGAAAAGGCGCGUAAGGACCUUGAGGGCCAGUCUCUCGAGUCGUCCUCUACUGCUCAAGUCGUUCACUUCAUCACUUCCGUCAAGCAAUGCAAGCAGAAGGUCAAGACCUUGGCUCCCGAGGUUGAAAUUUUCAGGCAGGGACAGACUACGCUCACUCGUCAGCGCUACCAAUUCCCUCAAGACUGGCUGGACUGUGACCAGAUUGAUCACGAGUGGGCGACUCUCAACGAGAUUCUCAGCCGGAAGAGCAAGAUUGUCAACGAUCAGACGGAUGCGCUCAGGGCGAGACUUACUGCCCAGGACAAGGUGAUGACCGACAAGAUCACCGAGCUCGUCGGGCAGUGGAACGAAGAGAAGCCUGUUUCUGGUACAAUUCCUCCGGAGGAGGCGUCCGCCACCCUGCAAACCUUCGAUCAGAAGCUCACCCAGCUCAGCGAGGAGGCGAGGAUGGUAUCUGAAGCCAAGGAAGCUCUUGAUCUUCCACCUAGCGGAGAGAGUAUCUUGCCCACUCUCCUCGAGGAAGUCCAGGAUUUCAAGUCGGUUUGGGCUGCGCUCUCCACCAUCUGGAGCAGUCUGAACGACCUCAAGGACACUCUCUGGACGAGUAUUCAGCCUCGCAAGCUCCGCCAGUCCCUCGACAAUCUGAUCAAGAUGACUAAGGAGAUGCCCAGUCGCAUGCGCCAGUAUGCCGCUUUUGAGCAUGUGCAGAACCAUCUCAAGGGUUUGCUCAAGGUCAACCCCCUCCUUUCCGAUAUGCGUUCUGAAGCUGUCCGCGAGCGUCAUUGGGUGAAGAUCUUCCGCGCCCUGAAGCCGACUAAGAGAUACUCGCCCUUGUCAAUGACUUUGGGGGAUGUUUGGGAUCUCCAGCUGGCCCAGAGCGAGAAUGUCAUCCGCGAUGUCAUCACCCAAGCCAUGGGUGAAAUGGCUCUCGAGGAGUUCUUGAGGCAAGUCCGUGAAACUUGGCAAAACUACUCUCUGGAACUUGUAUCCUACCAGAACAAGUGUCGCCUGAUUCGUGGUUGGGACGAUCUCUUUGCCAAAUGCAGCGAGAACUUGAACUCUCUGCAGGCUAUGAGGCACUCUCCGUACUACAAGGAGUUCGAGGAAGAAGCAUCGUCUUGGGAGGAGAAACUCAACCGCAUCCACGUACUCUUCGAUGUUUGGAUUGAUGUCCAGCGUCAAUGGGUGUACUUGGAGGGCGUUUUCACGGGAAAUGCCGACAUUAAGCACCUCCUGCCGAUGGAGUCCUCUCGAUUCCAGAAUAUCAACUCCGAGUUCCUGAACGUCAUGAAGAAGGUCUCUCGUUCGCCUUUCAUUCUCGAUGUCCUGGCUAUUCCCGGUGUGCAGAAGUCACUUGAGCGUCUCGAAGAGCUGCUCAACAAGAUCCAGAAGGCCCUCGGAGAGUACCUUGAGCGCGAGCGUGUCUCCUUCCCUCGUUUCUACUUUGUUGGCGACGAAGACUUGCUCGAGAUCAUUGGUAACAGCAAUGAUACGGUCAGAAUCGCGAAGCAUCUGCGCAAGAUGUUUGCUGGUCUGUCUGGCUUGAUCACCACUGAAGACUCCGUCAUCACCGGCUUCACCUCGAAGGAAGACGAGAAGGUUCAGCUGAAGAAGGAAAUCUCCCUGAUCAAGACCCCCAAGAUCAACGAGUGGCUGGGUGCGCUUGAGUUGAACAUGAAGACUACACUGGCAGAGCUGCUUGGCGAGGCCGUAGAGCAGUUCAAUGGCAUUUUGCAGGCUGAGACGAUUGAUCGGGAAGUUUUCGAGGCCUACAUCGCUCAGUACCCGGCACAGAUUGUUGUCCUCGCUACCCAGGCUUGCUGGACCAUGGACGUCGACAACGCCCUGCGCAACGGUGGUUCCGCCCUUCCGGCCCUUUAUGAUCGUCAAGUUACCAUUUUACAGCUUCUGGCCACCGCUGUUUUGGGAGAUCUUGACUCAAUCCAGCGCAAGAAGUGCGAACACCUGAUUACUGAGUGUGUCCACCAACGUGAUGUCAUCGACAAGCUGAAGACUCUCGGUGCCGAUUCCGAGAACCAUCACGUAUGGCUUCUGCAGAUGCGCUACGAGUACAAGGCCGAGGGCGACCACCUCCAACGUCUUAAGAUCAAGAUGGCCAAUGCCACGCUGGAUUACGGUUACGAAUACCUUGGUGUCACUGAGCGUCUUGCACUCUCACAAAGACUUGGCGGUUCUCCCUAUGGACCUGCAGGUACUGGCAAGACCGAGUCAGUCAAGGCCCUUGGUGUUCAACUCGGUCGCUUCACUCUUGUUUUCUGCUGUGACGAUACUUUCGACUUCCAGGCCAUGGGACGUAUCUUCCUUGGUAUUUGCCAGGUCGGCGCCUGGGGCUGUUUCGACGAGUUCAACCGUUUGGAAGAGCGUAUCUUGUCUGCCGUUUCUCAGCAGGUGCAGAACAUCCAACUUGGACUGCGCAAGGGCGCUACCGACGACAAGGCUCAGAUUGAGCUGAUCGGCCGCAACCUUCGUGUUGAUCUGAACACUGGCCUAUUCAUCACCAUGAACCCUGGUUAUGCUGGCCGUUCCAACCUCCCUGACAACUUGAAGAAGCUGUUCCGCAGCGUUGCCAUGUCGAAGCCCGACAAAGAACUCAUUGCUGAAGUCAUGCUCUACUCUCAAGGUUUCGCGCAUGCUAAGCCAAUCUCCAGCCAAAUCGUGCCGUUCUUCGACAAGUGCUCCAAAUCCCUCUCGAAGCAGGCCCAUUACGAUUUUGGUCUCCGUGCACUCAAGAGUGUGCUGGUCAGCUCUGGUGGACUCAAGCGUGACCGCGUGGGCAAAGACGACGCUGAGCUGACCGAAACCGAUGAGGUUAUGGAAUCUCAAAUCUUGCUGCAGAGUCUUCGCGAGACGGUGGCCCCCAAGCUUAUCCAAUCUGAUGUUGAAACGAUGAGGGACAUUGAGGAAGAUUGUUUCCCUGGGAUCGAAUACGUGCCCGCUCCGCUCGAGGCCCUUCAGCAGGCGAUCCGCGACACUGCAAGCGAGAACCGUCUUGUUGUUAGCGACAACUGGAUGACGAAGGUCCUUCAGCUCUAUCAGAUUCAGAACCUGCACCACGGUGUCAUGAUGGUUGGCUCUUCCGGUUCCGGCAAAUCCACAGCGUGGAAGACGCUUCUGCAGGCGCUUCAGCGCGUUGAGGGCACGGAGGGUGUAUGCCAUGUCAUUGACCCCAAGGUCAUGUCGAAAGAGCACCUUUACGGCAACUUGGACAGCACGACGAGAGAAUGGACCGACGGUCUGUUCACGAGUAUUCUGCGUAAGAUUGUCGACAACCUUCGUGGAGAGGACACCAAGCGCCACUGGAUCAUUUUCGACGGCGAUGUCGAUCCCGAGUGGGUUGAGAACUUGAACAGUGUGCUUGACGACAACAAGCUGCUCACACUCCCGAACGGUGAACGUCUGAACCUGCCGGCAAACGUCCGUAUUAUGUUCGAAGUCGAGACGCUGAAGUACGCAACCUUGGCCACCGUCUCUCGUUGCGGUAUGGUCUGGUUCAGCACCGAUACUGUUUCCACCGACAUGAUGAUUGCCAACUACCUCGGCGAGCUGCGUGAGAAACCUUUCGAGGACUUGGAAGAUGACAGUGUCGCUCCUGGUGUCAUGUCACAGAAGGCUUUGCAGCUUCAGCAAUUCGUCGCCGACCUUCUCGAGCAUCGUCUGCUCAAUGACGGGUUCGUCAUCAAGGCUCUCGACAGUGCGCGUCCCUUCAAUCACAUCAUGGAGUACACUGAAAUCCGCGUCCUUAACACGCUGUUUUCCCUCCUCAACAAGACUUGCCGCUCUAUGCUCGAGUAUAACGUGCAGCACCCCGACUUCCCACUUGAAGACGAACAGAUCGAGGCCUUCCUGUCCAAGAAGCUACUUCUUGCACUCACUUGGUCAUUGACCGGUGACUGUCCCUUGUCCGAACGUAAGGAGUUUGGCGACAUGGUUGCUGGCCUGAGUACUGUGGACACUCCGCCACUUAGCGGAGGCACAUCGCUGAUUGACUUCGACGUUGCCCUGCCCCGGGCUGAAUGGACGCUCUGGCAGAACCAGGUGCCUAACGUCGAAGUCAACACCCAUUCCAUCAUUCAGACUGAUGUCGUCAUUCCCACCAUCGACACUGUCCGUCACGAGGAUGUUCUCUACUCUUGGCUUGCUGAGCACAAACCUCUGCUUCUUUGCGGUCCCCCUGGUUCCGGUAAAACCAUGACGCUUUUCAGCGCUCUUCGCAAGCUCCCCAACAUGGAGGUUGUCGGUCUCAACUUCUCGAGUGCUACCACUCCGGACCUCCUGAUCAAGACGUUUGAACAAUACUGCGAGUACCGCAAGACGCUCAAUGGCGUUAUCCUCAGCCCCACCCAGAUUGGUCGCUGGCUUGUCCUUUUCUGCGAUGAGAUCAACUUGCCUGCCCCCGACAACUAUGGUACUCAGCGCGCCAUUUCUUUCAUCAGGCAACUGGUUGAACAGAACGGUUUCUGGAGAACCUCGGACAAGAGCUGGGUCACUCUUGACCGCAUCCAAUUUGUCGGUGCCUGUAACCCGCCCACUGACGCCGGUCGUACUGCCAUGGGUCUCCGUUUCUUGCGCCACUCCCCUCUUGUCAUGGUCGACUACCCUGGUGAGCUUUCUCUCCAGCAAAUCUAUGGCACGUUCAACAACGCUGUGCUCAAGAUUAUCCCAUCGCUGCGCGGCUACGCCGAACCCCUUACCAAGGCCAUGGUCCAAGUCUACUCCGAAUCCCAGAAACGCUUCACGCCUGACAUUCAGCCGCAUUACGUCUACUCGCCUCGUGAGCUCACGAGAUGGGUGCGUGGUAUAUACGAGGCCAUCAGGCCGCUUGAAAACCUCAGCGUCGAAGGGCUUGUCAGGAUCUGGGCUCAUGAGGCUCUCCGUCUUUUCCAGGAUCGUCUUAUCGCUGAGGAUGAGCGCAAGUGGACCGAAGAAGCCAUUUCCCGAGUCGCUAUGGACCACUUUCCGACGAUCGAGGAGGAGAAGGCCCUUGGCGGCCCUAUUCUCUACUCCAACUGGCUUUCCAAGAACUACGUCCCUGUGGAGCGUGAACAGCUUCGGGACUUCGUCAAAGCCCGUCUCAAGACCUUCUGCGAAGAAGAGGUCGAUGUGCCUCUUAUUCUCUUCAACGACGUUCUGGACCAUGUGCUUCGCAUCGAUCGUGUCUUCCGUCAACCUCAAGGUCACUUGAUUCUGAUUGGUGUCAGUGGCUCCGGCAAGACUACCUUGUCGCGUUUCGUCGCCUGGAUGAACGGCCUCAAAGUCUACCAAAUCAAGGUGCACGGCAAGUAUUCCUCAGAAGACUUCGAUGACGACUUGCGGAAUGUCCUGCGCAGGUGUGGUUGCAAGGGCGAGAAGAUUUGCUUCAUUAUGGACGAGUCCAACGUCCUUGACUCCGGUUUCCUCGAGCGCAUGAACACGUUGCUUGCCAACGCCGAGGUCCCCGGUCUCUUCGAGGGCGACGAGUACGCCUCGUUGAUGACGUCUUGCAAGGAAGGUGCACAGCGCCAGGGCUUGCUUCUGGAUUCGCAAGAGGAGCUGUACAAGUGGUUCACACAGCAGAUUGUCAAGAACCUCCACGUUGUGUUCACCAUGAACCCGCCCGAAGAAGGACUAUCCUCUAAGGCUGCCACCUCUCCUGCCCUGUUCAACCGUUGCGUCCUCAACUGGUUCGGUGAUUGGUCCGACCAGGCACUCUACCAGGUUGGCACCGAACUUACGCAGUCGGUUGACCUGGAUCGUGCCAAAUUCAAGUCCCCGGACAGCAUUCCGGUUGCGUACAGAGACCUCAACCUGCCGCCCUCGCACCGUGAGGCAGUGGUGAACGCAAUGGUGUACAUCCACUACUCGCUGCAUCGCUUCAACGGCCGCCUCCGCAAGCAGCAGAACAAGAUCAUGCACUUGACUCCGCGCCACUUUUUGGACUUCGUCGCGCAAUACGUCAGGCUUUACAACGAGAAGCGCGAGGAUCUUGAGGAGCAGCAGCGCCAUCUUAACGUCGGUCUCGAGAAGCUGCGUGAGACUGUCGACAAGGUUAGCGAUCUGAGGAAGAGUCUUGCCCAGAAGAAGGCCCAGCUCGAACAGAAGGAUGCCGAGGCCAACGAGAAGCUUCAACGCAUGAUUGCAGACCAGAGUGAGGCAGAGCAGAGGAAGAGUCACUCGCUUGAAGUUCAGGCUGCGCUCGAAAAGCAAGAGAAGGAAGUUGCGGAGAGAAGGGAGAUUGUGCUCGGCGAUUUGGCCAAGGCCGAACCUGCCGUCGAGGAGGCACAGAAGAGUGUCAGCAACAUCAAGAGGCAGCACCUGACUGAAGUCCGUUCCAUGCAAAACCCGCCUGCUGGUGUCAGGCUUGCCCUGGACUCAGUCUGCACCCUCCUGGGACACAAGACCUCGGAUUGGAAGUCGAUCGUCGCCAUUGUGAGGAAGGAUGAUUUCAUCACCAGCAUCGUCAACUACGACAACGAGAAGAACAUGACCAGAAACGUCCGCAUCAAGAUGCGGAACGAAUUCUUGAGCAAGGACGAGUUCACGUUUGACAAGGUCAACCGCGCCUCGAAGGCCUGCGGUCCCCUAGUGCAGUGGGUCGAAGCUCAGGUCAACUACUCGGAGAUUUUGGACAGAGUUGGUCCCCUCCGUGAGGAGGUCGGCCAGCUUGAGGAUGCUGCCUUGCAGACCAAGGCCGAGGCACAGGCUAUCUCCAAGCAGAUCGAUACCUUGGAGCAGAGUAUCGCAGCUUACAAACAAGAGUACGCUGCGCUCAUCAGUGAGACGCAGGCCAUCAAGUCCGAGAUGAGCCGCGUCCAGUCCAAGGUCGACCGUAGUGUACGUUUGCUCGACAGUUUGUCUUCGGAGCGUGGACGUUGGGAGGAGAGUAGCAAGAGCUUCGAGACGCAAAUCGACACCAUCGUCGGCGAUGUCCUCGUUGCGGCGGCCUUCAUCGCUUAUGGCGGUUACUAUGAUCAACAGUACCGUAAGGCCAUGACGGAGGACUGGUUCCACAUGAUGCACAUGUCUGGAGUCAGUUUCAAGCAACCCAACCCCGUCACAGAGUACCUGUCCACGGCGGAUGAGCGUCUCAAGUGGCAGGAGAACUCACUUCCUGCCGAUGACCUCUGCACAGAGAACGCAAUCAUCCUCAAGAGAUUCAACCGCUACCCGCUCAUCAUUGACCCGUCCGGACGCGUCACGGAGUUCUUGGAGAAGGAGUGCCAGGACCGGAAGCUCACUGUUACCAGUUUCCUGGAUGACUCCUUCACGAAGCAGCUCGAGUCUGCUCUGCGUUUCGGCAACCCAAUCCUCAUCCAGGACGCAGAGCAUCUCGACCCCGUCCUCAACCAUGUCCUCAACAAGGAAUAUCAGAAGACUGGUGGCCGUGUGCUCAUUCAGCUCGGCAAGCAGGAGAUCGAUUUCUCGCCGUCGUUCAGGCUCUAUCUCUCGACCAGAGAUCCUUCGGCUACGUUCGCGCCCGACAUCUGCAGUAGAACCACGUUCGUCAACUUCACUGUCACUCAGAGCAGUUUGCAGACGCAGUCGCUGGCCGAGGUGCUCAAGUCCGAGAGACCCGAUGUUGACGAGCGCCGCUCCAACCUUAUCAAGAUGCAGGGCGAAUUCGCCGUCCAUCUGCGGCAGCUCGAGAAGAGGUUGCUGCAGGCUCUCAACGAGUCGCGCGGAAACAUUCUCGACGACGACAACGUCAUCGAGACGCUCGAGACGCUCAAGAAGGAAGCUGCCGAGAUUUCAGCCAAGGUUUCAGAGACUGAAGGCGUUAUGACUGAAGUCGAGAACAUUACGCUGCAAUACACCAUCAUUGCUCGCUCUUGCUCGGCCAUCUUCGCUGUGCUGGAGCAGCUGCGGCACGUCAACUUCUUCUACCAGUUCUCGCUGCAGUACUUCACGGACAUUUUCGAGGCCGUGCUGCAGGACACGAAGAAGGCGGCGAAGGAUCUCAGUUAUGCGGCACGCAUCGAUCACAUCAUCAAGGGGCUGUUCAUUGACACUUACCGCCGCACCUCGCUCGCUCUGCUGCACAAGGACCGUGUCAUGCUGGCGAUGCUGCUGGCGCAGGCUGCUCCUUACAAGAUGGACAAGUCCCUCAUCGAUGCUAUCUUGGACGACGAUCUGAUCCCGCUUGACGUUUCCACCAAUGAGGACCGCAGGGAUGAGGCCAUGGAGCGCGCGACCAAGCACCGACUCUUCAAGACUGAGAUCGAAAAGAUCGAUUCCGCCGCCUGGGAUGCCUUCUAUUCCGAGGAACUUGCUGAGAACCACGUCCCGCCGCUUUGGCCAGACAACACCGAGAAGCUGGAUCAGCACCUCCGAUCGCUCAUGCUCAUCAAGCUGUUCCGCGUCGAUCGCUUCGUCCCCGCUGUCGAAAGGUUCGUGUACGAGGUCUUCGGCAAAGAAUACGCAGAGGUCACAGACGACCUUGGCGCCAUCGUGCAGCAGGUUGGCGCGAUUACUCCUGUUGCUCUCGCCUCGUCGCCCGGUUUCGACGCUUCCUACAAGGUCGACAACCUCGUCGAGCGCAUGCAUGUCUCGUGCACAAACAUUGCCAUGGGUUCGAACGAAGGUGUCUCGUCGGCAGACAAGGCCAUCACGGCCGCCGCCGCAACGGGCAACUGGGUCAUGGUCAAGAACGUCCACCUCGCGCCCACGUGGUUGCAGAGUCUCGAGAAGCGCAUCGACAGCCUCAAGCCGCACUCGGACUUCCGGCUCUUCCUGUCCAUGGAGACCAGCCCGAGGAUCCCCGUCAACUUGCUCCGCGCCUCCCGCGUGCUGAUGUACGAGCAGCCCGCCGGCAUCAGGGCCAACAUGAAGGACAGCUUGAGCCAGCUGAGCUCGCGCGCCCAGAAGCAGCCGGUCGAGCGCGCGCGCGUGUACCUGCUGCUCUGCUUCCUGCACGCCGUCGUCCAAGAGCGGCUGCGGUACGCGCCCAGCCUGGGCUGGAAGGGCUUCUGGGAGUUCAACGACUCGGACUACGAGUGCUGCAGCACCAUCAUCGACACCUGGACCGAGUCGGUCGCGCACGGCCGCACCAACAUCGCGCCCAAGAACAUACCCUGGGACAUGAUCCGCAUCCUCAUCACCGAGAUGUACGGCGGCAAGAUCGACUCCGAGGGCGACUUCGAGAUCCUCACCCAGCUCGUCGCCAGCAUCAUGGACCCUGCCGCCUUCGAGGAGGGCCACCGCAUCGUCAAGCCCACGCCCGAAAACGAAAACACGUGCCUCGAGGUCCCCAGCGGCACCGCGUUCAAGGCCUUCGUCGACUGGGUCAACGAGCUGCCCGAGCGCGAGCCCCCGACGUACCUGGGCUUGCCGGCGAAUGCGGAGAAGCUGCUGUUGGUGGGCCAGGCGAAGACGAUGGUGGGCAAUUUGAAGCUCGUUGCGGAUUUGUUGGAUGAGGGCGAGCAGGUCAUGGCGGAGGCGCAGGAAGGUGGGGCGCACGGGCAGUAG